CAGCUACUAAUUACAGACCACCUACUGACGAACGCACCGCAUCUAAACCACUUAUCGACCUUCUACGUGCAAUGAGCUCUAGUAACACCUGCCGAGCCUGUUUCCGGGCUCUGCGCAGCCGCCAGACUAUAUGCAGAAUGCCAACACGUCACCUCUCCAGCACACCUCUACGUCUUGCAGAAGCAACCAAGAUCGCCAAUAGUGUAUCUCACGAUGUAUCCAGUGUCCUCGCAGACUUCGACUCCUACAAGACCCGCAUGUCCGCCCUCCAGUCCGAUAUCCACUCACUCGCAAACCUGGGAAUGACCGAUUCCCAGCGCGCAGAAUACAACACACAACUCCAGUACAUUCAAGAAAAUAUGACGAUGAUUGGGGGCGCGAUGCCCAGAAAGGGAAAUGUGGCUCAAAGGCUAAGGCAUCUUGCGCCCAAUGUCACAGAGACGUAUGCGGCGUACGGGGCAACGAUGAAUCUAGUCCAGAGCUGUACUGCGCAAGCGGACUACUCAAUGCCGAAUGUGGAGCAGGGGGUUGAGCCAGAAAUGCUGGCGGAUGGGGAGGAGGUCGGGAUUGGGAAGGAGAGUUGGUGGUUUGAUGAUGCUAAGCUGCCCGCAACGUUCGCGACUUGGGCUCAGGUCUCCUUCCUCCAUAUCUACCUCCUACACACGCGCCUGCGCCUUUUUCCUACCUCGUCCGCUGGAACAUGGCAGCAGCACCUCAUCGACCAUUUCUUCAACAUGGCUGAGAAACGCAUGAUCACGCAUCACCUCAUAUCCUCCUCCGCAAAACGACAGUCGUUUCUAAAGGGUCUAUCAUCGCAAUGGCGCGGCGCAAUCUUAUCUUAUGACGAGGGACUCAUGAGGGGCGACGCAGUGCUUGCGGCGGCGGUGUGGCGCAAUGUGUUCAAUGCGAACGAGGACGUGAAUGGGAAAGUGUUGGCGAUGAUUGUUGGGUGGAUGAGGAAGGAGUUGUGGAGGUUGGAUCAACUGGGCGAUGAGGACUUUGGGAAGGGCUUGUGGGUAUUUGGGGGCCCAGCAGAAAUGAAGGGACAGGUCAUGCUGGAGAGUAAGUUCAUGAGGGAUGGGCCGCAGCUAGGAAGACCGAUCUAGAUACACGCACGUGAUUAGUGACGGCGUUUCGGGUGGUCUAGGUGUAUAGGGUGGAAUGUGUAAAAGUAUUGUAUGAAUUACAGAUCAAGCAUUGUACAUAAUACUGCGGAGCUACGCGACAUAUGGAUUUCGCCUAUCCAAACAGUCGAAAAUUUCCAAAACGCCUUC